CUUCCCGGUGAGGCGAUACCGGCGCCAUCUUUGCUGAGGGCGCGGCUGGAGGGGACUUUGCCCGCAUCCCCUCGGUGCCUCCGCGGGUCAUGUUGAGAGUGUUGCCCCAGCCCCUGCUGCGCCGCCUGCUCCCGGCCCCCCUGGGAUGCCUGCGCAGCACCAGCACCCCGGGCAGGUACCCCGGGCACGCGGGGGGUGACCCGUGCUGGCCCCGGGGGGCUGCCCGCGGUCCCUGGGGGCUGCCCGCAGCUCUGGGACUGACUGCGCUGUGCUGCAGCUGCCCCCCCGCCGCCAUGGCGGGUCCCCCAGGGCUGAAGCCGCUGGUGGCCGUGGGCCAGGUCACCUCCACGCCCGACAAGGAGCAGAACUUCGAGGCCUGCGCUGGGCUGGUGCGGCAGGCGGCGAGGCGCGGCGCCUGCCUCGUCUUCCUCCCUGAAGGCUUCGACUACAUCGGCUCCAACAUGGCAGAGACCCUCAGCCUGGCCGAGGGGUUGGAUGGGGACAUCAUGGGACGCUAUGCCGGGCUGGCCAGGGACUGUGGCGUGUGGCUGUCCCUGGGUGGCUUCCACGAGCGCGGCCAGGACUGGCUGACCACGCAGCGCAUCUACAACUGCCACGUGCUGCUGGACCCCACAGGUCGCCUUGUGGCCGCUUACAGGAAGACCCACCUGUGUGAUGUGGAGCUGGAGGGACGUGUCACCAUGAAGGAGAGCAGCUUCACCAACCCUGGCACCGAGAUUGUGGCCCCAGUCAGCACGCCAGUGGGGAAGCUCGGCCUCUCCAUCUGCUACGACCUGCGUUUCCCUGAGAUCUCGCUGGCGCUGCGGCGUGCCGGUGCCGAGAUCCUCACCUACCCCUCGGCCUUCACUGUUCCCACGGGCUCGGCGCACUGGGAGGUGCUGCUGCGGGCCCGGGCCAUCGAGAGCCAGUGCUACGUGGUGGCAGCCGCCCAGACUGGGAAAAACCACGAGCGCCGGACAUCCUACGGCCACGCGCUGGUGGUGGACCCCUGGGGUGCUGUGGUGGCCCAGUGCCACGAGGGACCCGGGCUCUGCUACGCUGAGAUAGACCUCGACUACCUGCACCGCAUCCGCCGGGAGAUCCCAGUGCACGGUCACCGCCGGCCCGACCUCUACGGCACCGUGGCGGCCGCAGGGUUGGUGCCGGCACCAUGAGCCCCUCCCUGCCAUAGUGGAAUCCAUAGCAGGGUCAGAUUUACUCCAUUUCAGGCAGUUUCUCCCCAAAACACAGCAGCGUGAUGUGCUCAGGGCUCUCCAGUGCCACAGCUGGGUGUCCCCUUGGCAUUCUGGGUGCCCAUUGCACUCUUGGGGGGGGGGGGCAGGGUGCCCCCCCAGCAUGGAAAGAAGGAGCCAGGUGCUGUGGUAGAUGUUUAUUUCAAGAAACCCGAAAGCUACACAGGGAAUAUGACCGUUAUAUUGAAGUUUAAAAAAUACAGAAGUCACAGAAAUUACA